CAACACUCCUUUCCUUUGAGUCGCGCGAUAACGCGUCGUAUCAUUUCAGGAUUAUUUUUUUUGUUUUCUCACUUCACUUUACCCCUCUCAAAAUUCACUUCGCUAUCAUGACACCUACCAAAAAACGCCUCGAGAAGGAGUUCCAAAGCCUGCGCAAAAGUCCCGCAGAAGGCUACCACGUUGACCUCAAACACGGCGAUAUCUUCGAAUGGAUUGGCACCCUUCAUGGCCUCGAUAACUCCCCUUACGAAGGCGGCACUUUCGCCUUCCACAUCCAGUUCACCGACGACUACCCAGAGAAGCCGCCAAAAGUAAAUUUCACAACUAAAAUCUACCAUCCCAAUGUUGAUGGCAGAACGGGGGUUGUUAGCUGGAAGAUGCUGGGAGAAGACUGGCAUCACAAUCAUACCAUGGAGAAGAUAUUGAUGAGCCUAAGGACGCUACUUGAUCACCCUGAGUUGGAGAGCGCGGUGGAAGUCAAGAUUGCUAAUGAAUAUGCGAAUUCGAGGGGAGCAUUUGAGAUGCAUGCAAAACAAUGGACGUCGAAGUGCGCUAAGGAAGGUUCUGUGUCGACUGGUUCUACGUAGGAAUGAAAAAAUGGACCAUUACA